UCUGUUUGAGCGUACUACUACCUAAAGGCGGCAUCCUUGGCAGCUGACAUGCAUGCAUGCAUGCAGCUCUCAAUCAUGCAUAGUCAUAUAAUUGCAUGAGUCACAGGACACCGAGUUAUCGCCCAGCACGCCGUGUGCGCCCUACAUCAAUCUCACAACUACCCAAGCCGCCGACACAUUAUCAUCACUUUGGAUGCUAACCCGCUACCAUGAGUUCCCCAAGUUCUGCUCUGGACGAUCCGUCUAGGCACUCAGAAAUCGCAGAGCGGUACGGCCUACUCCCCUCACAAACCACGCAUCGAGUCAACAUCCUCCGAAACUCCGGUAUCAAGCCCGGGGACAGAAUCCUAGAGAUCGGCUGUGGGCAAGGAGACUGCACAGCCGUCCUAGCGCUUCUCUAUCCGCACUCGCACAUCGACGCGGUAGAUCCCGCGCCGCUCGACUACGGCGCCCCAGAGACUCUCGGCCAGGCACAGGUGCGUAUCAAAGCAUACGAGUUCGGCGACCGCAUCACCUUCCACCAAGCAACGCCUGUGGACUUCCUAGCCAGCGUGGAGGAUGGGCGGUACGACGUGGCGAUCCUGUGCCACUGUUUGUGGUACUUCGCAGGCGCGGAGGAAGUGAAGAGGACGCUUGAAGCGGCGAGGGGCAAGGCGGAGAGGCUUUGUAUCGCGGAGUGGGCAUUGAAGGCCGGCGUGAAGGACGCAGAGGCGCAUGUGUUGGCUGCGUUGGUGCGCGCGGCGUGUGAAGCGCAUAUCCCGGACUCGGAUCAGAAUAUUCGGACGCUGCUUUCUCCGUCAGGAAUCCAAAAGCUCGCCGCGGAAGCUGGGUGGAAAAUGCAGAGCGAGGCGAGCUUAACUCCUGGACGGGAGUUGGAUGAUGCGAAGUGGGAAGUGGGAAUGCUGUUCCUUGAGGACAAGGCUGAUGGGGAGAAUCUGUUUAUGAGGCGAGUGAAGAGGGAGAUCAACGAGGAGAAAGUGCACACGUUACUGCAGAGUAUGCUGGACAGCGUGAAGACCGCUGUCGAUGCCGUGGGCGGGAAGGACAACGUGCAGUGUAUGGAUGUUUGGGUUGGUGUUUUCAUGCACUGAUUGCGUGCGCAAACAGGGCGGCGGUGAAAGGCGCAAAGCUCAUUUCUUCUGCCUACUUCCUCCCUCGCUUCUUUUCCUUCAGAACCACUCAAUCUAUCGUACUGCAUCCAAAACGCGUAAAACCAUCCACCACCGCAUAGCCCCUCA